AUGAUUACUGGUGAUAAUCCUUUGACAGCAUGUCAUGUUGCUCGCGAAGUUGAAAUCAUUAAUCGUGAAGUAUUAAUUUUGGAUCUUCGUAAAGAUGAAGCUAGCGAUGAUGUUGAUCCUUUAAAGGACAUUGAUCCAACAAUACUUCAAAAUUAUGAUAUAUGUGUGACAGGAGCAGCAUUAGCGCAAUUUGAAAAUAGAAAAUCAGUAAAAGACUUACUAGAACACACAUGGGUUUAUGCAAGGGUUUCACCUGGUCAAAAGGAAUUUAUAUUAACUGGACUUAAACAAGCAGGAUAUAUAACAUUGAUGUGUGGUGAUGGUACAAACGAUGUUGGUGCAUUGAAACAAGCGCACGUUGGAGUAGCACUUCUUGAUGGUAAACCAGAAGAUCUUAGAAAAAUAGCUGAACAUCAACGAAUGCAACGAUUAAAAGAUAUGUAUGAAAAUCAGUUAAAAUUCACAGCCAAAUUUAAUAUGCCGCCGCCGCCGCCACCACCAGCAAUUGCACAUUUAUAUCCAAACAUAACACAACAACUUCAACAAAACACUAAUAAUAGAAGACCAAAUCUACCGCAGGCACAGGUUGAUAAUAUUACAGAACAGCUUCUUGAUAUGGAAGAUGAACCGCCUACCAUAAAAUUGGGGGAUGCAUCAGUAGCGGCACCAUUCACAUCUAAACUUUCUAAUGUUGUAGCCAUUGCAAAUAUUAUUAGACAAGGAAGAUGUACAUUGGUUGCUACAAUUCAAAUGUAUAAAAUUCUGGCAUUGAAUUGUUUAAUAACAGCAUAUAGUCUUAGUGUUUUAUAUUUGGAAGGAAUUAAAUAUGGUGAUUUACAAGUAACAAUUUCAGGAGUUUUGCUUGCAGUAUGUUUCCUUUGUAUAUCAAAAGCCAAGCCUCUUGAAAAUUUAUCUAAACAACGACCUCAAACCAAUGUAUUCAACUUUUAUAUUAUUUUAUCAAUUCUCGGACAAUUCGCUAUUCAUAUAGCCUCUUUAAUAUACGUUGUUGAGCUGGUAUUUCGUUACGAGGAACGUGUGGAAUUUGAUCCAGAUCAAGAAUCUGAUCCAGAAAAAGAAUUUGAACCGACAUUGCUUAAUACAGCAGUAUAUUUGAUAUCACUAUCAAUGCAAGUUUCUACAUUUGCUAUCAAUUAUCAGGGACAUCCUUUUAGAGAAAGUUUACAAGAGAAUACAACAUUGUAUUAUGGAUUGUGUACAGUUGCUGCCAUAGUUGUCUCUUGUGCCACAGAGUUUGUACCUGAAGUUAAUAGUAUGUUACAACUUGUACCUAUGAGUAAAGAGUUUAAAGUUUCUCUCACAACAACUAUAUUGUUUAAUUUUGGAUUAGCGUGGCUAGUAGAAUACGUUUCCAAGUUUUUAUUUGGGAACAAUAAACCAAAACCAAUCGCACAAAGAUAG